CGUGCAAAACGCGAAUUGCAGUCUAAAUGAAUUUUAAUUUAGUGCAAUAUAGUUAAAAAGUCGUUGUUGUAAUUAGAAAUUAUCUUCGGUUGAAGCACGAAUUAUGAAUUUAAAAAAUUUCACACAGCUGUGGGUUCACGAAUCUGCAAAAUAAGUAAAUCUCUGUGCAUCAAAAAACAACAAUGUUGCUGGUAAUAACAGUAGCAGUGGCUGCAGGAACUAUGGCGGCAGCGACGAUGUUGAUAGCAGCGACGUCGACGCCAAAGCGAUUUGCUACAAAGUAGAUGAAGAAAGUAGAGCGACGGCAAUAGAAGUGAAAAGGAAAAAAUGUAAAUUGCAGCAAAUAAAAGCCCUAGUACUGAAAAAUACAGGAUUCUUUGCAUUUAACUGCUUUAAAAGUAGAUACAAGUAUUAUUAAAUGCGGGCUUAAGUUGAAUUUUAAGAAGGUUCCUCAGGUUUCUAACACUGGUUUUCAGAAGAUUUUCAUAAUCCUCAUAUACAGUAUACACAAAUUUCACAAAAUAUUGCAUUUGAACGCGUAGCAAUUCUUCGAUUAACUAUACCAUCUAAUAAUAAAGUGUGUAAAUAGAAAAGACCGAUUUUUAAACCUGCUCUUCCUAGCCUAUAAUCGCGUCAUCGUCAACAUAACUGGCUGUUUAAAACUGCAUUUAAAAAAAAUGCAUAAACCAAAUGGUGCGUGUAUUCACCUAGUAAAACGUCGACUUUAUAUCAAGCUUACAGAUCGCCUAUACUACUCUAAUUAACUCUGCUGCAAUUGUAAUCAAAGCGUAAUUGGAUAUAAGCACAAAGGUCAAGACUUGUCGCUCAUCCAACAAUUUAUUACCUGGCACUCUUGGAGCAAUUUUAAACGACAGAUUAAUGUUGUCAAUGUACACAUUUGUGAAUGUAUACACAUUGCAAAACUAAGAAUUCGGCAGAUACAAUAGCAAGAUAUAGAUGUAAAAAAAAUGUAACCAUACUCCAACUUAGUUACAACUACUUACAUUUGCAGGAUACAACAGCUACCACUGCAAAAAUAGAGUAAAAGAGCAAAGCCAGAGCUGCUAAUAAUUGGAUAUUGAGUGCUGAUUAAGAAACAGCUGAUCAGCAAAAUAUUUUUCAUAAAAAAAGAAGUAAACCGAGAAAUAAAAACUCGCAUAAAACUGUUACAUACACACCUUUCAACACAUUUGAUUGUAGCCCAUAAGCACAAAAAGAGAAAGUCUAAAACGAAGUCUUAUGUUAUAAUGUCAGCAUACGGAGUAACAUGCUAUAAUGGUAACAGCGAAAAGAUGCGCAGUAACGGCACGAACGGCAGCUCUUGCGGUGUCCAUCCACAGACGAGAGUGGCUGCAUGCAGCCCGUCUAACAGCCCGAGCAGCAGCAGUAGCUCGAAUCUUCUACAGUUUCUCACCAUCGUCUUAGCAUGCGUGUUAUGUUACUGGAAUAGCGCGCAAUGUGAACUGGUCUUCGAUGAUAUUAGCGCCGUACGCGACAACAAGGAUUUACGUCCGUAUACACCGCUUGGUAAUAUUUUUCUUAACGACUUCUGGGGUACACCAAUGCGCAAAGAGCAAUCGCACAAAUCGUAUCGCCCGCUCACUGUGCUUACUUUUCGUUUCAACUAUUGGCUGCACGAACUACAACCAUAUGGCUAUCACAUUGUAAAUGUAAUGCUACACAUUGUUGUGUGUCUGUUGUGGCGCCGCGUGUGCAGACUGUUACUACUGCAUUGCGCCGGCGCUGGGGGAGUAGCGGCUGCUCCCCUGCAUUGUAAUGGUUUGCGCGUAAACACUUGUAGCUUCUUGGCGGCACUGUUGUUUGCUGUCCAUCCCAUACAUACAGAGGCUGUUACCGGUGUGGUAGGGCGUGCUGAGCUACUCUCUUCUAUAUUUUUUCUGGGCGCAUUUCUCUCGUAUACAAGCGCUGUUGAAGUAUCGCCCCUAGUUCAACGUCGGCAUUUGCAGCAGCAACAACAGCCUUUUUUAAAGAAUCGUUGCACUCGCUGGUCGGUGUUGUGUUGCAGUUUUGGCAGUAGCUUACUGGCUUCCAUGCUGUGCAAGGAGCAAGGCAUCACCAUAGCGGCUAUUUGUGCUGCUUACGAGUUGUUCGUUGUGCAGCAGGUGCGCCCACGUGAAAUUUGGUUGUGUGUGCAACGCUUUUUCGAGGACCGAACACAUAUUCUAACACCGCAGCAUGCAGCUAAAGGUACCGCAGCCUCAGCAACCAGUGCAUCGUCGUCGCCCGACGAAUAUAGUCGUUUAGGAGCUAACGGGCUUUGGAAUGGCAGUUUGUUGCGACGCUUGUGUUUUAUUAUCUGUAUUACGGCUGCACUUUUGAUCGGUCGUGUUUACGUGAUGGGCUCGCAACUUCCGGUCUUCACACGUUUCGACAAUCCAGCUUCUGCGGCGUCGACACCAACCAGGCAGCUCACCUUUAGUUAUCUCAUUUACCUAAAUCUGUGGUUGAUGUUAUUUCCUAGUGAUCUAUGCUGCGAUUGGACAAUGGGUACCAUUCCUUUAAUCGAAGACUUUAGCGAUGCACGCAAUUUGGCGACUCUAGCCGCCUUCGCUUCGUUGGGCGCUAUUACCUGGUAUGCUUGCACAACCCGUAAUUUAACUCGAUCUCGCGUGCUUUUGAUGAGUCUCGCCUGGCUGGCAUUGCCAUUUGUGCCCGCCUCCAAUCUCUUCUUUCCAGUUGGCUUUGUAGUGGCCGAGCGUAUACUCUACAUGCCUUCUAUGGGCUACUGUUUAUUCGUGGCCUACGGAUACGUACAAUUAGAGAAUUAUCUGAACGUGAUCAUGCGCCGUUUAAUGCAACUGUCACUAAGUUUGUUGUUGCUCACGCAUGCGCUCAAAACACAUCACCGAAAUAUGGAUUGGCGUACAGAGUACACGCUGUUCAUGUCAGGAGUUCAUGUAAAUAGCAGAAAUGCCAAACUCUUUAACAACGUUGGUCAUGCGCUUGAAAAUGAGCAACGUUAUGCGGAGGCCUUGCUGUAUUUCCAGCAAGCGGUGCAAAUACAACCGGAUGAUAUUGGCGCGCACAUCAAUGUUGGACGUACCUACAACAAUAUGCAGCAAUACGAUCAGGCCGAGGUGGCAUAUCGCAGGGCCAAGUCUUUAUUUCCGCAAGUGAAACCCGGCGAAAUUUACCAAGCACGCAUAGCACCCAACCAUUUGAAUGUGUUUAUAAAUCUAGCACAACUUAUUGCGCGUAAUAGCACGCGACUUGAAGAGGCCGAUCUGCUGUACCGCCAGGCAAUCAGUAUGCGCGCCGACUAUGUACAAGCGUAUAUUAACCGCGGCGACAUACUGAUGAAAUUGAAUCGCACCGCACUGGCGCAAGAGGUCUACGAGAAGGCGUUAUUGUACGACAGUGAGAAUGCCGAUAUCUAUUACAAUUUGGGUGUUGUUUUCUUGGAGCAAGGUAAAAGUGCGCAGGCGCACGUCUACUUUAACAAAGCCAUCGAAUUGUAUCCGGAACAUGAACAAGCCCUACUCAAUUCCGCCAUACUUCUACAGGAGCACGGCGGUGCAGAAGCGCGUGAGUUGUCGCGUGCGCGCCUGUUCAAGGUGCUAAACAAGGAUGCGAACAAUGAGAAGGUCUAUUUCAAUUUGGGCAUGCUGGCCAUGGACGAAUCGAAUUUUGAAGAAGCAGAACAGUUUUUUAAGCGAGCAAUACACCUGCGUGCUGAUUUUCGCAGUGCACUUUUUAAUUUGGCGCUACUCCUAGCCGAUGCCAAUCGGCCGUUGGACGCAAUCCCGUACCUGAAUCAGCUAAUACGUCAUCAUCCCGAACACAUUAAAGGUUUGAUCCUGCUCGGUGACAUUUACAUAAAUCACAUGAAGGAUCUAGAUGCGGCUGAGCAAUGCUAUCGCAGUAUACUUCGUUAUGAACCGCACAACAUACAGGGUCUACACAAUUUGUGUGUAGUAUUUGUGGAGCGCAAGAGGUUGGCGCGUGCCAAUGCGUGUUUGCGUUUUGCCCAUCAUUUGGCGCCACAUGAGGAUUAUAUUCUUCGUCAUUGGCAAAUUGUACAGCAGCGCCUUCAGAAGAUAACACAGUUACCUGAAACGUCGCUGGAGCGACAAAUUGCCUAUGCUGACUAUCAACCGGACGAGUUUAAGGUGAUAGCAACGAAAGUGGACAGAAAGGAAUAUGCAAGUUUACAAGAAGAAAAUCAGCAAAGGCAACAACAUCGGUAGAAGCAAGCAGCAGAUAAUUAUAGAUAUAUUAUACUGAGUAAGUUUGAAGAAUACAUGUUUAUUGAUAAUGCCAUAGAAUUGUCGUAUUUAAGAGAGAGUUAAGAUACUUAAAUGUAGAUAUAAGUUUGAGUGUAUUGUGUAUGCGUUGUUGUGGGAUUGGGGACCGUCUAUAAAAUUAGCAAUUUGUACGAUUUGAUUUAAAGUGAACCAUUUUUCUUAUGAUUCACCGCAGUUCAUUUUCUUUAAGGUCGUAGGCCGAGAUCUUUACAUAAAGUUUUUAAAUAUCUACGUAAAAUAAAUACAUAUAAAGACAGGAUAACUCAUUUGAUCAUUCUCCAAAAAACAAAGCUCCAACUUCUUUAUUUUCCUAUUGAUUACUUCAUUUAUUUACGGAUAUUUG